AUGGCCUCCAAGGAAACCACACUUCCAAAAAGAAGAAAGAAACAGACUAGAAAUUGUGAACAAAUUGAAGAAGCAGAGAUUGAGGUAUUUGAAGUUGAGAAAAUAGUGGGCCGGCGUGUAGUAGCUGGCAAGGUAGAAUAUCUCAUGAAAUGGAAGGGAUAUUCAGAUGCUGUUAAUACCUGGGAACCAGAAGAAAGUUUAGAUUGUCCUGACUUAAUCAGGGCUUUUAUAAAUUCUCAAGGAGUGAGUUCAUCUGGCAGUGAAUCUAAUGAUAGCACAGCAAAUGUUAAAAGAGAUGCUGGUGGAAAUCCAAGUGGUUUUGCUAGGGGUCUUGAGCCUGAACGAAUACUUGGUGUUUCAGACCAUAAUGAAGAAAUGAUGUUCUUCAUGAAGUGGAAAAAUUCUUCUAAAAUUGAGUUGGUUCUGGCAAAAGAGGCUAAUGAUAACUGCCCUCAACUUGUAACUGCUUUUUAUGAACGGAGGCUCUAUUGGCCCUCAAAAUGA